AUGGCGUUGGUGCGAAGCCAGAGCGAAAAACGUUUAACGGCCUUCAGUCGAAUCCAUCAAGCCAUCCAAGAAGACGAUCUUUGGACUGUAGCUUGGUACAUGCGGAGUUUUCUCCUAAUGCCUCACGUCCUAUCAAACCUUGAAGAAAAAAUACUACUAGCCAAAUAUGACUUCCGAGUAAAAUUGUUUGAAGAGAAAUUGGACUUACUGAAAGAGAUGGCUCGCGGGCACGCUAGAGAAGACUUCGAAGAUUGGCUUCAAAACGGCAAAGUAUUUGGUCAAAUCGAGCAACAGAGUCACGCCAAACAUCAGCAAGAAGUAGGAAAAUUACUCGUCGCAAUCAGCACCUACGGUCGAUCAGUGGCUUACCUUUACGAGAUUAUCAACAUGAAAGUUGCGUUGCCCGAAUCACCAAUCGAAAAAGACACGUACAAGCUUCAGGCCAUGGGCAGAAGUCCUGGAUCAGGUAAUCUCCAAAAGUCGGCAACUUCGUUCAACGGUUGGGUCUUGAUUCGUCGGGAGGAAGCAGGUGCUGGAGAUUAUCAGGGUGGAGAGUGGACCAUCAUUUGA